UGAGGAGACAAGCGCUAGCUCGCGUCACAACGCGCCCGUCAACUGAUAAGAAAUCAUCCGCAUUCCCCAGGAGGUUCUCAAUGUCGUGUGUCUGUGAUCAUGGAGCUAGAUGAUCAUGCGACGGAACCUUUCUCUAGUGAUGGGCUCUGGAGGAUCUCUAAAUUCACUUUGCAGUCCAUCCAGCCUCUAGAGCCGCUACCAUGGGACGAGAAACUUCCUGAUCUUUCUGGGGGCUUUUUUAAGAGUCCUUUGAAUUUGCUCGAAGACCGUCAUCAUGGACUACAUCAGCUUGACGUACAUGGACUCGAAUUGUUCAACCCCGAUCCUCCGCCGGAGUUGACGACGGACACUUCCAGCGAUACGCACCUAAACUUGGAUCUCGAUCAGAACGAUGAUGAGGAGGAAUUGGAUCAUAUCUGGGCGCUUGAAAACUUGAAACACGAGCCCGACACCAAAGCACGACUCAAAUCAUGGGAAACCUACCAAGACCGAACGCACCCCGAGCCCAUUUCAGCAUACUUCAGCGAGUCCGGGCCGCGAGGUUUCGAUGCGGCAUUGGCACAACCGACUACAAGUGGCGAUAAACGUGAGACUAAGCGCGUGGUACGCAAUGAUGUUUUCCUACAAGCCCUGCUUAGACUCGGGCUAGGCUGGAGCUCUAUUUUCUUCCGGUACAACGACCAAGAUAAGAGGUUCGAGCAGGUGCUGCAUGGUAUCCGGGUAUCCGGAGUCAGCGCCGCUGCAUUGAAUGGUGUGACGGAUGAAGUGCUACAGUGUGGAACAAACAUGCAGAAGGUGCGACGAUUCGCCGAGAAGAUACCUAUGAGGUCGAACGAGCCCUCCGUGAUGUGCUCCUUUUCAAGCGCCAUGGCUGUGAUUAUCUAUACGCUAGAAAACCAACUUGCGAGAUGCUCUGCCGGAGCUAGGUCACUUCUUCAGAUCAGAGCGUUAUUCGAACGGCGUGGGGAAUUGGUUGGUGCACUAGCGAAUAUGGUGGAGGCUGUCGAGGGAGCUGCCUCGGACGCCCAGAUCAUCUCAAUUGUCCUUGAGAGAACUGCCCAUUUCUCUCAGACGUAUAGUCACUUGGAACAGCUCUUCCGGGAGAUUGUCUAUCGAAUCAGCGAGCCUUUUCUGCGCCAUGUCGAGAGCUGGGUGGGGUUCCGCUCGGAGACGUCGGCGUUGAAUGAACUAGCGACUACUGGGAGGAGCUUUGUGGCUUUGGAGCGCCAUGAACACAGACCUAGAUCAGGAGCGUCGAAAAGGAACGAGGUUGAGUACAGCUAUCGUUCAUAUCAAAUGCCGUCUUUCAUCCCCGCGGACCAAGCGAGGUUGAUCUUCGAAAGUGGGCGAAGCCUGCGCUUGCUCAAACGAUCUCAUCCCCAGCAUCCAGUUGCGAGCGAGGAUCUUUGCGAUACUUCUCCCAAGUUCGAGUGUGCGAGGACUUGGAAAGAUAUCGAGAGAAUCCAGGGCAAGGCUCACGACUAUGAAAGGAGGCUGCGUUCUGAGAUACGCAAGUACAAUCGGGGAGUAGUCUCAUCCCAUAACGAAAUCAAGGGCUCUGAGCAUAGCGACCCCCAGGAACAGGAGGCGGCGAUAGUGGCUGGUACUUUUGAGUUGUUCGACAUCGAUGAUAGUGGAAACACGACCGGACUUUUGGAACAUCACUCGGAGAAGGAUAAGAUAGGGCAACUACUCGAUAACAACACAAACAAUGACACCAGGGAACUCGAACAAGAAGGGUCCUUUGGUCCGGACCUCGUUUCCUCUCUUUAUCUGUCAAUUGCGCCGCUGCUUUCAUCCCAGGCCCUAUUGAUCGACUUUUCCUGUCUUCACCUCCUGUUCAAAGAACACGGCCUCAGAGACCACUUAAAUCUCCAAUGGCGUUUCCAGCUUCUCGGCGAUGGUUUCUUCACGUCACGUCUCUCCCACUCCCUCUUUGACCCAGAAAUGGCCAGCGGCGAGCGCAAAUCCGGCAAAGUACGGAACAGUGUUCACACCGGCCUGCGCCUAGGCAGCAGGGAUACAUGGCCCCCAGCCAGUUCCGAACUACGAUUAGUGCUCAUGGGGAUCCUCAACGAAUGCUACGACGGAGGCGAUCACACCAGCGAAACGGAAUCCCGCAAAGAACGAGAAAUCCCCGGCGGAUUGAACUUCUCCAUCCGCGAGCUGACCGACGAGGAGAUCAUCAAAUGCAGAGACCCGAACGCGAUCGAAGCGUUAGAUUUCUUACGCUUGCACUACACACCAUCAGCAGUCCUCGAGACAAUAAUCACCAAGCGGUCUCUCUCCAAAUACGACACCCUCUUCAGACACGUCCUCCGCCUCCUCCGCAUGGUCUCAGUAGUCAAAGGCCUAAUCCGCGACUCCACAGCCAGGGACUCCCUCUCAGGCGACACGCGCAACGUGUUCCAGAAAUUCCGCAUCGACUGCCAGCACUUCGUCCUCGCCGUGAGCGACUACUCCUUCCACGUCGGCAUCGGCUCAACGUGGCAGCGCUUCCAGGAGACGCUCGCCCGGAUAGACACCUGUCUCAGCCGAGGCGACAUCGAAGGCACGAUCGACGCCGCCCACUCCGUCCCCAGUCUCAGGGACUACCACGAGGAUAUCCUCGACCAGAUGCUGUUCUCGCUGUUCCUCAGCCCGCGCCAUGCGGACGCCGCGAGAUUGCUCGAGGGCAUCUUCGGCACGAUCCUCGUGUUCGCGCCUCUUUCGAGGCUGGAUGGAUUGCGGGGCGUUCGGCAUGAGAGCGAGGCGACUGUUUAUCGGCUGUAUGCUACGUUCCGGAAGCAGACGUCUGCCUUUGUGGGCUAUCUGCGCGGCUUGGAUAGUGCCAAGGAGUCGUCGAAAUCGGGGGGUCGAUUUGGGAAGAUGUUUGCCUCGAGGGAGGCGCCUACUGGUGUUUUUGAGCAGCUGUUGGCUCGGUUGGAUAUGAAAAGGUAUUACUAAUUAUAGCUCUUGGGAGCAUUCAUGGGUUAGAGGGUAAUAUGCUUCAGCACUGAAUUCAAUUUCCACAGAGCCGUGGAUCCGUCUGCUCUGGCGUCUGCGAUGGUCUUUCAUAU